AAAGGUUGACAUCACCGCCCACCCACGUGCAAGCUACUACUGAGCUCCAGCCGACAAAGCUUUACAUAACCCGCGCACCCCGCAGAGUUCGAUCUCAAACUUCAAUCACAGAAGAUCACGAGAUACAGGACAACUCCGUUUUGAACAUAGAACUGCCCAGUCUACACAUCAAACCCCCACCAUGGCUACUUCUCUCUUCCGCUCAAUCCCUGCCGCACGGGCUGCUCUUCGUGCCUCCACUAGCGUCAAGCCUGCCGUGGCCGGUCUUGCUGGCACCUCCUUUGUUCGCGGCAAGGCGACCCUGCCUGAUCUUCCGUACGACUACGCCGCCCUCGAACCCUACAUUAGCGGCAAGAUCAUGGAGCUGCACCACAAGAACCACCACCAGACCUACGUCAAUGGCCUCAACAGCGCCCUUGAGACUAUCACCGAAGCCAAGGCCUCAAGCAAUGAGAAGGCCGCCGCCGCCGCCGCCGCCCCUCUACUCAACUUCCAUGGCGGUGGCCACGUCAACCACUCCCUCUUCUGGGAGAACCUGGCCCCUGCCAGCCAGGGCUCCGGCGGUGGCGACCCUUCUGGCGCCCUCAAGACGGCUAUUGAUAAGGACUUUGGUUCCGUCGACAAUCUCCGCAAGCAGGUCAACACGGCUCUCGCGGGAAUCCAGGGCAGUGGUUGGGCUUGGCUCGCCAAGGAUAAGUCGGCUGGCACUCUCCAGGUCAUCACUCGCGCCAACCAAGACCCAGUCACCGGCAACUAUAUUCCUCUGCUUGGCAUCGACGCCUGGGAGCACGCCUACUAUCUCCAAUACCAGAAUCGUAAGGCUGAGUACUUUGAUGCCAUUUGGAAUGUUGUCAACUGGAACACCGUUGCCAAGCGACUCGAGGCUGCGUAAGCUAUCAAUGUCUGUAUCCUCGUUGUGAACGCUGGGGACCGUCACCAUCCGCAAGAAGUCGGCGCUGAGCUUCUGUCUUAAGUCGAUUAUACUAUGGUACUCUUCACGGUGUAUGACCACAGCGAUAGCAUCCUUGAAUAUAGCCUGUUAAUGAACGUGCCGUCUGAAGCCGG